GUAAAGAGGGCGCAAAGAAGAGCCGGAGCAGACAGAAGUACUUUACUUACGUUCAGUGAAUUUUGACACAACAGACAGAAGUCAGAAUUAAGGUCGUCACUGUUUCCCUCUGGAUCCUUCUUUAUUUGACUCCAAGAAUAUCUGUUCAUUUUCUGCUCGGAGCAGCUGGCAUGAAGCUAGUCCACUAGACAUGGAAACCAAACCGUUCCUGUCUCUGGGGUUCCUGAAGCCCCAGUGCUCUCUAGCGCCGCCCCCUCAGCGGAGCAGGUCAGGGGAGGGCUGCAGCUCCCUCACAACCUGCUCCUGUUUCACCGGCAUCUGCCCUCUCCACCAGCGGCGGCUGUCCACAGAUGCCUUGCCCACAGGCCCCCGGGUGAUGGACACGCCCCCUCUGCACCCGCCCCUCCUCAGCCCCUCCUGCUCCUCCUCCAUAGGCCAGCUGCCCUCCCCCAUCAGCACCCUCAACUCACCCACCAACGGCCUGGGGUCGCCCUUCACCGUCAUCAGCUCGCCCAUGGGGCACCACCCCAUGUCUCUGCCCUCCACGCCCGGCAUGGGCUUUGGCCACAGCAUCAGUCCACAGCUCAGUUCCCCGAUGAAUGCGGUCAGCAGCUCGGAGGACGUGAAGCCCCCGCUGGGUCUGAAUGGAGUGAUGAAGGUUCCCGCCCAGCCCUCGGGCACGCCCCUCUCCAUCACCAAGCACAUCUGUGCCAUCUGUGGGGACCGCUCCUCGGGUAAACACUAUGGAGUGUACAGCUGUGAAGGCUGUAAGGGCUUCUUUAAGAGGACGGUGAGGAAGGACCUGAGCUACACCUGCAGGGACAACAAGGACUGCCUGAUCGACAAGCGGCAGCGCAACCGCUGCCAGUACUGCCGCUACCAGAAGUGCCUGGCCAUGGGCAUGAAGAGGGAAGCAGUGCAGGAGGAGAGGCAGCGGGCAAAGGAGCGCAGCGAGAACGAGGUGGAGUCCACCAGCUGUGCCAACGACGACAUGCCGGUGGAGAAGAUCCUGGAGGCGGAGCUAGCGGUGGAGCCAAAGACGGAGACGUACAUCGAGACCAACCUGGGCGUGCCCUCCAGCUCACCCAACGAUCCCGUCACCAACAUCUGCCAAGCGGCCGACAAGCAGCUGUUCACGCUGGUGGAGUGGGCCAAGAGGAUCCCUCACUUCUCACAGCUGCCCCUCGACGACCAGGUCAUCCUCCUGCGAGCAGGGUGGAACGAGCUCCUCAUCGCCUCCUUCUCUCAUCGCUCGAUCGCGGUGAAGGAUGGUAUCCUGCUGGCCACUGGCCUGCAUGUCCACCGGAACAGCGCCCACAGCGCGGGGGUGGGGGCCAUCUUCGACAGGGUGCUGACGGAGCUCGUGUCUAAGAUGAGAGACAUGCAGAUGGACAAGACGGAGCUGGGAUGCCUUCGAGCCAUCGUCCUCUUCAACCCUGACUCCAAGGGCCUGUCGAACCCCAGUGAGGUGGAGGCUCUGAGGGAGAAGGUGUAUGCCUCUCUGGAGGCCUACUGCAAACAAAAAUACCCAGAGCAGCCUGGGAGGUUUGCCAAACUGCUGCUGCGCCUCCCGGCUCUGCGCUCCAUCGGCCUGAAGUGUCUGGAACACCUGUUCUUCUUCAAGCUAAUAGGGGACACGCCCAUCGACACCUUCCUCAUGGAGAUGCUGGAAGCGCCGCACCAAAUGACCUAGUAGGCGGGGUCUAGCCUGAAGUCUCCUCCCCCUCAAAACAGGCUCCACCCCUCUCUGCAGACAGACUGUCUGAUGACAUCGAAGCGACACCGACACUCAAAGCUGGAUCAACCCCUUACUUUAUUAAAUGAGACUGAAAGCUGGUUAUCUUGUUUGUACAUGUACAUCUGAUGAAAGAAAAGGACAGAAGAGAGAGAAUAUUUUGGGGCACUUUUGAAGAUGAUGUGGAAACGGAGAAGACGUGAUGCAUAGAGUUAUUUGUAAACAUGCAGUACACAGUGAUUCUGAUUUCAUUACAGGACAUUAAGAGCAUUGUGCUGGGACAAUCACAUUGUUUUACACAGAGCCUCUCUCUCCCUCACUGUCUCUCUCUGCCUAACAGGACUCAUCUUGUGUUGGGGGGGGCAUUUCUGCGUAUGGGGGCAGAGAGCAGGGGCGGUGUUGGGGUUUAACCCCCAGCUGCCUCCAGAAGAGAGGGAAAAUGGGCAGGCAGUCAUCGCUAGAGAUUUUUGGGACAGAAUCCCAAAGAUGAGGUAGCAGAGACAGUAGCCACUCCCCCAGUCUCCCAGGGAGUCACACUCUGUCUCAGAGCUCCGCAGUGCCGGACCUCACACACCUGUUACAGGUGUACCUUUCUCUCCUCUCUCGCAGUGCUCACUGGUGCAGGGUCACAUCCCUGUCUGUCAGCGCUCUGCUAUUGGGCAGAGCCGUGGGGAAGAUAAGACACACCUCGAUACCUCAGUGACUCCCUCCUGUGACCCCUGACCUCUCAGUCCCUCCCUGUGGGCAUCACUGUUCUCAUUGGGCCAGGCUGCGUUGGGCAGGAGACCGUGGUGAAGGUGUAGGUUUUACUGUGAAUGUAUACAGUGCAGUUUAACUCAAUCCCAAAAGCACUGGCGCGUAGCUGGAGAGACGUGGGCAGCUCACGGGAGGCCUGGGCUGCAGAGAACGAAACCUUUUCUUGGCACUUAACUUUGAGUUUGGGAGGAAAGCAGCUGAGCUGAAGGCUGUCUGCGUGGAGGAUGCAGCGGCACGGUUUCAGCAGGAGGGCCAUACAUACGGCCAGAAAGAGCAGGUGGCGCAUCUCUGGGCACACCUCAGUGUCAUUUGAAAUAAGUACUCAUCAUAUAUACAUAUAUGUGUAUAAAUAUCUCCCUCUCUGGAUUAUUUUGCUUUUAACCUGCUGCUGCUGCUGCUGCUGCAAAACUAUGCAUCUUGCAUUUCCAAAGAUUGUUCGUCGUGCAGUUUUUAAGGGACGACAUCAAGCUGUUGAGAGUUCGGAUGUGAACGGUGUGCAGAGAGACAGGCAAGGUGUGCGGGCGCAAGCGAGACCGGGCUCAGGGACGCUGUCGGCAACGGGAGGGCUUUUACUGCCCUCUAGUGGAAGAGAUGCAACAAUGCAACUUCACCAGUACCGUGUACAACAACUGUAUUUAAUCCGUGAAAUGGCACUUUUCAUUACAUUACAAACGGUUUCUCAGUCAGUCAUGAACAUAUUGAGAUAUGACUGGCUAAGCAAUGAAACAGAUAUUUACCUCAGGAACUCACAACAGUGAAAUAAGUUUCUUUAAGAAACUUGUCAGUAUUGAAAAUCUUUUUAUCCCUAUCAUACGUUUAAAAUUUAUUAACAUAAUGAAGAUAGAACCUUUUUAGCAAUAACAGGUUUGUAAAGUUGCGGAUACAAACACGAAUCGGGACUGCACGCAUUCGUUGCUCGGGUGUAAUUGGGCGCUGUAAAUAACAGCUUUGUCCGGAUGCUGCUCACCUAAAUCCAUACUAACGCCUCAUUGUUGCCCUCUACUGGACGUCAGGGUUUAGCACCUAUACGGACAGACAAACAGACCAGUGUUACUUGUUCGUUGUUGAAACAAAUUCAAAUACUUAAAUAUUUAGAUUUGUCAGGAAUGAGACAAUUAAAUCUCUUUUAAUAAUCUGUUUUUUACAUAUGUAGUUAAUUACACGGGUGUAAGGCAACUCCCAAUGUAAAGUGUGACCAGCAUGUAAUAUCUUUUGUGCGGUGUCAUUAAUAUACGAUUAUAAAUGAACAGCUCUAGCUGCGAUUUUAUAUGGACUUGUUUUAUCCGACCUGAGUACUUGGUUUGAAUCAGGGGACCUCUCUGAAUGACGUCGUGUUUAUGUACCUACAGUUCUCACAGGUUAAUGAACUUACUCACCUGCUUUCCCUGCUGAGGGAGUCAUGUUUUUAGAUCGACUAGCAUGAUAGACACCUACUUAGAAAAUUCAUUAGGUUUUCAGUUAUGUAAUUUCCCCAGCUAAAUAAAAGCCAUAUGUAAGGUUACAGUGGAGGGGGCCAUCGGAACGAAUUCUGAAACAUAUAUGAAAUGAAAACGAAAAAGAAAUGCUUUAUAUAUACCAUGAAGCUAUUUUGUCAUUAUGUAUACGUGUGUAUAUUUAUAUAAAUGUGUGUUUGUUAAAUGUAACUGGUAUAUUCUAGCAAAGAGGGAGAGAAUAAUGUCGUUAAAUCUAUGCUAAGUCAGGCCAGAACAAUCCGUUGUCGUGCAUUUCUCAGAGCCUAUCGACACUGUGUUUUUCGCUUUAUUCCCGUGAGGACGUCACGUCGGUCCUCGGUAUCUUCGGCCGAUUUGGUUAUCAGCUUCGAACAGCCAGCAAGCGCUUGACCAGCACCUUCGACCCCCAACAAAACGAUCGCACACCAGCUUUUAAGGGUUGGACAGAAACCUCUCUCAGACCUCCAGGUGCAACAGAACAAACUGCAUUAAAAGCAACUCUUCAGGAACCUUCCUGUUUACCGGUCUAUUUCAGUGCGCGUUUCUGCAGCUCAAUCGGGAUUGGCCAGCCGCAGAACAGGCGCCGACCUGCAGGUGCCUGACGUGUGAAAUUGGACAGAAAGGGGCUUUGUCUAACUUUUGUCUUCAGAGUUCAGUUUAUUUUGCAACGGAUUGAAUGAAAAUUCGAACACAGACACUGCUUUUCUUACGGCAGUUUAGCGACGGUAACAUGUCGGUGAAAAUAUCUAAAGCAAAGCAAAAUCUAUUUUUGUACAAAUGUAAUUUUAUCCCCUGCUUAUAUAUCCCCAAUAGUAAUUUACCUUCGUCCUAUGGAAUGUUGUAUACAUUAUUUGUGAAAAUGUUAAUUUUAAAUGGGAAAACAGUACCUUGCAGAAUAAUAA